CGGGCAGGAAGAAGACGACACGAGGAGAAGACGGCGGUGUUUGAAGGAAGACGACGUCGCCCGAGCAAGAAGGAAGACGUUGAGGUAGACCUCUUCCUUUCUCCUGAUUCAUUGAGGGCACCAACGUGACGGUGAAGGCAGAUCUUUGAGGAAUUUUGCAAGAUGACAAGAUCCAAGAGCUGUUCGAUUCCAGCUCCUCCAUGAGAAGGGGAGGUGGAGGCACAUCACUGGC